UGUAUUCAGUUCACCAGAACAAGGUCUUUCAGACUGAGGCUUUGAACCACACGCCAACAGUGGAUUACAAAACACAGGAGCCUUUACAUGGCAGCGUCAUACGGUGAGUUAUUGCAGCAAUUUAAAAAGACUGCUGGCAACUGUGUUUGUGUGUGUAUGAAUGGAAGAUCGUGAAUGCCUGUCAGGUCCAGAGCCGAGCCUGUCCCGGGUAGUUAUGCUGUUAAUGGGCGAGAAACAAAGUGGGAAGAGCUCUGCGGGAAACACCAUUCUGGGAAAAGCAGCCUUUCACAAGAAAACAACUCGCAGCUGCAAAGAGAACAGCACCGUCUUUGGAAUACAAGUGACAGUGGUGGACACCCCAGGGUGGCUGUCCCACUCCACCACUCCAGACAGAGUGUCCCAGGAGCUCCGCAGAGGUCUGACCCUCUGCCACCCGGAGCCUCAUGUCAUCCUGCUGGUGCUGCCCACCACCUCCACCUUCGGCCAUGAGGAGUGGAAGGCCAUGGAGGCCCAGCUCAGACUGCUCCAAACCCCCAUCUGGCUGCGAGCCAUGGUCCUCUUCACUCACGGAGACAAGUUAGGGGGCCUGCCUAUCCAGGAGCACAUAAGGCGACAAGGUCGGACUCUUCAGUGGCUGCUGGAGCGAUGUGGGAACAGGUACCAGGUUAUGAACAACCAAUCCAAGGCCUCAGAUGCUCAGUUUACUGAGCUCUUUGGGAAGAUCCAAAAGAUGAUGGAGACCAACAAGCAUCCCAGGGAGAUCCAGUACAGGAUGUACGCCCAGCUGAGACGAGAUCUGAGCAUGAAGGCGGAGAGGAGGUGGCAGGGAAGACAAGAGGAGAGAGGAGAAAUGACAGUGAUGCAUGAUGUGCAUGAUGGGAGGCCAAGAGAAAGGAAGCAGAUUGCCUCAGGGUGGCCACAUAUGCCCAGAGGAUUCCCAGUAAACCCUAAACCUGCUCUUGGCCUCAUCCUGCUGGGAAGGAGGAAGUCAGGGAAGAGCUCAGCGGGCAACAUGAUCCUGGACAGAGAAGCGUUCCAGAUCAACGUAAAGACCGUCAGGUGCUCUGUAGGGCACGGGAAAGUAUCAGGGCGGCCUCUCACGGUGGUGGACACCCCCGGGUGGAGUCUGUUCUGUCUGGCCAAUUCCGAGCAGGUCAGGAUGGAGAUCGGCCGCAGCCCUUCCCUCUGCCCCGCGAGAAGCAAAGUGUGGUUCCUGCUGGCUGUGCCCGUGGCCUCGUUCGGAGAGAAAGACAGGAGAGCUGUGGAGAUGUACCUCAGCAUUCUGGGGAAUGGUGUGUGGAGGAGCACUGUGGUGUUGUUCACCUACGGAAAGGAGCUGAGAGGAAGGACGGUGGAGAAACACAUCCAGCGGAGGGGAGAACCUCUGCAGUGGGUGCUGGACAGAUGUGGCCACCGGCAUCACGUGUUUGACACAAAUACAGGAGACGAUACUCAAGUAAACCAGCUGCUGGAGAUGGUGGAGCAACUGUAGAUACGAAAUAAAUAUGACUAAACAGAAAGAAAACAGAGGGAAAUAUAUUCACUCACCCCCACCCCCUUUAUCAGAUAUCAGAUAUCUUAAUCCUACAAUACAAAUCUUGUUUUAAGCCAAAUCUAAGUGUUGUUUUAUGUUUUAGUGAUAAUUACGAAAAGAAGAGAAAGCCACCAAAUGACAAGUAUGUCUCUUAUUUCAGGUAAUCGCCACCCCUCUUCCAGUCUAAGUUGUGCAAACAGCAUAUGUCUACUUUUAUUGUACACUGAUGUUUAAAGGCGUGUUUGUGUUUAUUUUUCCACAGAGUAUGGUCAUACUUACCACCCGUGGGCUUAAGUUCAGUUAUGCCUUUGUUUCUCAUUGUUGGGGGUUGAGAGUAGUCACAAAGUCAGUUUGAUUAUGACAAAACCACAGCACUAGAAACACAGAAAUAUGUACACAUAAUAGAAAGAGUUACUUUUGUAUGUUACUGCAUUAGAUUUAAAAAAUGUUGGUAUGUCCAGGUAUGAACUGCUCCACAGAGCCCUCAUGUCCAAACAACAAUAAAUCCAUUUUCUCUACA